AUGUUGUGGAAUGAAAUACGAGCUGGAUGGAACAUCAGAGGGAAUGAUAGCAACACCAUAAGUGCCAAGAGAGCCAUUCCCAGCUUGGUGUACCAUGUUUCUUGGUACAUCAGAAUAAUGUUUCCGGUAAGCGAACUACCAAAGGUGAAGUAUCCGGACAGACCAACAGUGACAAACAGUGCGGUGGUAACUGAUAGAGAAAUUGCGAUGAUUUUCAGGAUUCUCGAAAGAGUCGGGUUAUCGAGCUCAGAGAUGAUGGAAAACUCGUUGGGACAGGUGAAGGCCAGCACGAUGAUGGCGAAAGUCUUGAAGACCUGCUUGAACCCUUCUGGCUUCCACCAUGAAAUUGUACCUUGUUUAUCAAUUGGAACGUUUUCAAAACCUGUGGCUAGAGCAUAG